CAACUAGAUACAGGGGGAACCUUCCUCUCUCGGUUCCCACCUCCCUCUUCCGAUCCGAUCUCGUCCUCUCACGUCGCUGGCGAUCGUCGGCGGCAACGGGACGCCGCCGCUCCUCUAGCCCUCCAGCCGACGAGCGACUAGGGUUUGGGGCACCCGUCCGCCGCGCCCCCCCGGGCCUCCCCAUCCAGAUCUGCAAGGCGUGAGUGAGCCCCUCCCGAUCCGCCGCUCGCCCAGACCGCGCCGCCCGUCCCGCCUGCUCGCCCAGUCGGCAGACCGCGAAGUUUUGGAAAGAUGCUGCCAAGUAAGAGGGGUGCUGAUGAUCUUACAAGAUUCUCAGCUGACAAUAAAAGAACUUGCAGUGGAGAAGAGGCAACUGAUUUUUUAGAUAUCUGGAGGGAUCUGGGUGUGGAAGUUGCAUCAAAGGUGUCUAGAAGUGUUGUCUCAAUUGGGCAAACUGUGCUAUAUGCAUCCUCUGGUGUAGUUAUAGAAUGUCAGUCUUCCUUCACAAAGUUUGUGACUUCAGCAAGUUUGGUUAGAGCUUUACAUGAUUCUGAAACAAAUGACCAUACGGUUAAGAUUGUAGUACGGCAUGAAGAAGAUGUGGCCAUAGGGUUUCUGGAAGAAUAUGAUUUGGAUUAUGAAAUUGCUGUUGUCAAAGUCAAGGCCAUCCUUGAUGUUUAUUGCGUGCCUCUCGAUCAUCAGGGAUAAAAAAAGACAAAUAAGACGCAUAGGUGUGAAACUUCUCCCUCGUCCUGAAGGUAGCAUUAAGAUUUUUGGAGACGUAUAUCCUAAUGGUGUCUGGAGUGAACUCGAGCAUGGAGUUGUUUCUCACAUAUUAAGAAAUCUUGUUGCACUUGCUUCAUUCAAAGGUGAAUCAAAAUUAAGAACAUGCACGGGAUUUUUCAUUGACUAUGCUGAUAAAUGCCCGACUAUUCUGACAUCAGCGAGCUUGGUUAGGAAAAACGACGCCAAAAUUAUUGAGGGCUUAAGGAUUGUGGUGUUGCUUCCAAACAGGGAACGCUGUGAAGGAAAAUUGGAACAUUAUAGUUUACAUUACAAUGUUGCUCUAGUCAGCGUCAAGAAUUAUACUGUUGAUUGUCCUGUGGAUCUGAACAGUGAGCAUUUAGAUUGGUCUACCAAGUUAUUAGCCGUGGGCCGUUGCUUUGAAUCAGGUUUAGCUAUGGCUGCAAGUGGAAAAUGUACCAGGUGGUCAGGCAACCUGGAUUGCAAAGAUCUUCAGUACACUGCAUGUACAAUCACUAAGGCUGGGAUUGGAGGGCCCCUUGUUGCUGUCAACGGCAAAUUUGUGGGCAUGAACUACUAUAAUAGGAACAUGGGAACUCCGUUCCUGUGGUUUGAUCUUCUCCGUGGAAUUCUGAACUAUUUUAAGACAGGACAAACAAAUUAUAUGAAGAUAAUCCAUGGUUCAUCAGGAUUACUUUGUAAGCUGGGCUGUAUUGUUAAAGAUGGUGAGCAACAACCACCAAAUAGGUAA